UCUUUUCACCGCUGAACAGGGAGUGCAUGAAUGAAAACAAAAGGUUCGUGAAUUUUCCUCCUGCCUGCCGUCGAACGGGAACAUCUGUUCGGAAAAAGUUAAAAAUAGAGGAGAAAAUUAAGUCAAAUCAGGUGCAGCAGCCGAGUGACCGCGUGUUGGUUCAGUUUUCUCGAAAGUGCACGUGAAAUUCCGUUCGAAAAAAGGGACGUCCGAGACGUCGAGAAUUAUCGGGCAAUUUGGAACCGGAUUCCUUCGGGGUUUGUUUACUUCGAACCGGGCUCACCAUUUGAGGAUUCGAGUUUAAUUUAAUUUUCUGACGUGUGGCCAGAAGCAGCAGCAGCAGCAGCAGCAACAGCAUCAGCUCGUCGAUCGUCCGCCCAGAACCGACGUGAAUUAUCGAGAAUUUUCUUGGCCGCAAAUUGGCUGGCGCAAUAGUUUGGAAUAAAAGGAAGUGUUUUGGGGGUGCUGCAGCUGGUACGAUGGUGAGUGAAAAUGGAGGUCAGAAGCAGCGGGAGCUGGAGGAGGAUCCGAACGUGUGCAAGGAGCGCGGGAAUGAAGAGUUCAAGAAUGGAUUUUGGGAUGAGGCGCUGGUGUGGUACACGAAGGCGAUCAAGAACGGGGAGAAGCACAAGGAUUUGCCGGUGUUUUACAAGAAUCGUGCGGCGACCUAUUUGAAGUUGGAGAAUUACACGAAGGCGCUGGACGAUUGCACCAAGUCGCUGGAGGGGUGUCCGAACGAUCCGAAGGCGCUGUUCCGGCGGUUCCAGGCGCUGGAGGGGCUGGAAAGGUUCGAGGAGUCGUACCGGGAUUUGCGGGCGAUUCACACCCAGGAUCCGAACAAUAAGACGAUCAAGCCGCACUUGGAGCGGAUGCACGCAAUCGUCCAGGAAAGGUCGAGGCAGCGGGCGCAAACGUCGAACAAAGUGACUCAGAUGUUCCAGAUUGCGUUCGAUUUGGCGGCUGCGAAGGAGAAACGAGAACAGGCGAUGAACAAUAUUGUGGUGUUGGCUAGGGAAACGGCCGGAGCCGAGGUCAUGAUGAAGGAAGGACUGGUCCACCAGAUCGGGAAGCUGCUGAAGGUGGAGAAGAACAACGACAUCGUUACGAAUGCGAUCCGCGCCAUCGAUCAGGUCUGCACCAAGAGUGAGGAUCGCACCAAAACCGUAAUCAAGGAGCUCGGAAUUCCGUGGUUCCUGCAGAUUCUGGACAGCAACUUGGAGGAUCGGGUUUCGGUCGCUCAGCACUGCAUGCAGACCGUGCUGAACUCGUGCACCGGCAUGGAAAACAAGGACGACUCCAAACCGGUCAAAGAGCUGGUCGAAGGCAACAAGCAACUCAUCGAUACGCUGUUGACCUGCCUGGUUUACUCCAUCACCGAGCGCACCAUCACCGGCUUUGCCCGAGACGCCAUCAUGGAGCUGAUCAUCCGGAACGUGCACUACAAAACGAUCGACUGGGCCGAGCGACUCGUCGAGAUGAAGGGCCUGUUCCGCCUCAUGGAGGUCUGCUCCGAACUCGAGGAGUACAAGUACGAGAGCGCCAUGAACAUCACGCCGUCCUCGCGCACCAUCGCCACCGUUUGCCUGGCCCGGAUCUACGAGAACAUGUACUACGAUGCGGCCCGGCAGCGGUUCCUCGAGCAGAUCGAAGACUUUGUCAAGGACAAACUGCUGACGCCGGACCACGAGUCGAAGGUGCGCGUAACGGUGGCGUUGACUUCGCUGCUGACCGGCCCGCUGGACGUCGGCAACUCGAUGCUUUCGAAGGAGGGCGUUCUGCAGAUGAUCCUGGCGAUGGCGCAGUCCGAUGUGCUGCUCGAGCAGAAGGUCGCCGUCGAGUGCAUCAUCGCGGCAGCCUCCAAAAAGGACAAGGCCAAGGGACUCGCGCAGUCGGGCGCGGAAAUCCUGAAGAAGUUGUACACCUGCAAGAACGAGGAGAUUCGCGUUCGUGCUCUGGUUGGCUUGUGCAAAAUGGGCAGCGUUGGCGGACUGGACGCGUCGAUUCGUCCUUUUGCGGAUGGUUCUACCAAGAAGCUGGCCGAGGCCUGCCGCAAGUUCCUGGUUAAACCGGGCAAGGACAAGGACGUGAGGAAGUUUGCCGCCGAAGGUUUGUCCUAUUUGACGCUAGAUGCCGACGUGAAGGAAAAGCUGAUCGAGGAUCGUGCCGCCAUCCAAGGGUUGAUCGAGCUGGCCAAGACCGGCGACCAAUCCGCGUUGUACGGCGUUGUUACAACCCUGGUCAACCUGGUGAAUGCUUACGAAAAGCAGGAAAUUCUUCCGGAGCUCGUUGAACUAGCCAAGUUCGCCAAACAUCACAUCCCGGAGGAGCACGAACUGGACGAUCCAGAUUUCGUGAGCGGGCGCAUCAUCGUUCUGGCCAACGAAGGCGUCACUUCCGGUUUGGUUGCGCUGUGCAAGACCGAAAGUGAAAACAGCAAGGAGAUGAUUGCGCGCGUGUUCAACGCCCUGUGCAGCGAACAGGAAGUCCGCGGAAAGGUCGUUCAACAGGGCGGCGCCAAGGUCCUACUGCCGCUCUCACUGAACGGAACGGCCAACGGCAAACGACACGCUGCUCAGGCACUGUCCCGCAUCGGAAUCACCAUCAACCCGGAAGUUGCCUUCCCCGGCCAACGCAAUCUAGAAGUCGUACGCCCGUUGCUGAACCAACUCCACCCAGAUUGCAACUCCCUCGAAAAUUUCGAAGCCCUGAUGGCCCUUUGCAAUUUGGCCUCCAUGAACGAGUCCACCCGGCAGCGCAUCAUCAAAGAGCAAGGCAUCAGCAAGGUCGAGACGUACAUGGCCGAAGAUCACCUGAUGCUUCAGCGUGCCGCCACCCAAGUCAUGUGCAACAUGGUCCAAUCACCCGAAGUCGUCAAAAUGCACGAAAAGGAAAACGAUCGCGUCAAGUUCCUCGCACUGCUCACCAUGGAAGAGGACGAAGAGACCGCCCUCGCCUCGUCCGGUGCCCUGGCCUACCUGACCGCGGUCAGCGAAAAAUGCUGCGAGAAAAUGUUCUCCCCCAACUCGUGGAUGGAAAUCUUCCAAACCCUCAUCGCGAACCCCUGCCCAGAAGUCCAGUACCGCGGCAUGGUCAUCGUCCUGAACGUCAUCAGCGCCAACAAAACCCUCGCGGAAAGAAUCUGCGACACCGAGCUGCUGCGGAUGAUUUACGGCGCAACGCAGCUGAACGACGAGAAGCGGGCCAAGGCGAUCGAAACGGCCCACAAGAUCCUCAAGGUCGCCGAAGAGAACCGACUGAUUGAGGAGAACAAGGACGCCGAUUUGGCGCCGGACGUGUUCAAAGAGCAGAGCGCGACAAUCGAGGAGAUUGACGAGUAACGAGUUGGUGGGCUCGUGGAGGCGCAGGUUUGACCGUACUGAAUGUGCAUUAGAGGAAAGACAGCAAGACUGCUUCCGCCGCCGUUUUCUACCGAACAAUUUAUAUUGCGUUAAGAACUUAACUAGCGUUUAAAAUAUGUACAACUUUUUAAUAAAAAUUCUCGUUUCAAUACCUUACAGACAAAAAA